AUGGUUUACGAAAUGCUAUCUCCGGUACCAGUUAAGAAGAGACAUAGACCUACACUUGUAUGUUUGAAUUGCAGGCGUCGUAAGACGAAAUGUGAUAGAGGAAAGCCCUCGUGCAGUAACUGUUUAAAGCUGGGAGAAACGUGUGUUUACUCCGAGGAUACGGAUGAGAAUGCUUCUAAAAAAGUAAGAUACGAAUAUAUGGAUGAUCUUGGAUUACCGGAGUUCAUCAAUAUGGCUCCUAAAGGGCUACAUCUGUUAAGCAAAAGAUCAGCUUCGUGGUUCAAUGGGUUGUUCUCAGACAUCGCUAUAUGUGACAGAGAUCCAUAUUUAAGAAUAACAAACGCUGUCAUUGAUAUUUUACGGAAAAGUGCCAGUAAAGGUAUCGAUCGUAGUGAAAGAGACACCGUCUUGCAGCUUCCUAAUUCGUUAAAGACCGUAACCAUGUACAACCGGUCAGAAAAGUCUGAAGAUCAACUAUACCAUCAGAUAGCUAGGGAGUUCUCAGCAUUGCGGUCUGCCCCAAUACCGGAGACAUAUGUACCGUAUGAAUACGAAUUUUGGUCCAAAUAUUAUCCAUACUUCGUUGACAAGAUUCAUCCGUUGGUGCCUGUAUUCAAUCUUAUUGAGUUGAAGGAUCUACUAGAAAAGUUUUUUCAACGCCAAAAAGACCAUCCGGGCAAAUUGAACGACAAGGUACACGAGUCUACUCUUUUAAUGCUAACGUACCUCAUCAUCAAUUUUUUCCUCCUCGAAUUCGAUUCUCAUAAUAGGUUGAUUCAGGACCAUAUUAAUAUUAUUAAAAAAUGGUUAGUACAAUCUAAAUGGUUCCAAAAGACAACUCUACUCCAGUUAAGGGUAUGGCUAGUCUUGAGAUUCCAUAACUGGUGUACUUACCACGAUAACGACGGCAAUCGUAUGAAUGCCAACGACGGAUUAAUGGGGUUAAUUAUGGGCCAUUGCGCAUCACUUGGAAUUACAUGGCAAUUAUGGACGAAUGUCGAUAGUGAUGAGUGUAAAAAUAUCUGGAUAAACGCUUUACAUUGGGAUAGGAAGUUAGCAGUGUUGAAUGGAAAUGACACGUUUAAUGGAAGGACAAUGAGGGUACCAGAACUCCCUAAUGAUCAUUUAGUUCUUAAAUUCUUAAAAUGUUGUGUUGAUGAUCCUACACACGUGAAUUAUAAACUCGCUAUUGAAAUAUUAAACAAGUUAAACUUUGAAGAGCAGAACCCCAUGGUUACCUGGGAAUGGAAAGUUAUUGUUGCUGUGACAAAGUUACAAAUCAACCAUGGACGCUUGAAUCAUAUUAACGAAGGGAUCUCGGCCGUUAUCGCAUCAUUAGAAGAUUUAAUUACUCUAUGGAAUGAGCAUUUCAUUAGACCAUUAGCGCCUGUGUCUUAUUCCAGUAGAAUCAUAGAGAUAUCAAUGAAUAAAGCCCUAGUUCUCUUGCCAGCAAUAAUACUAAGAGCUCGUAACCCCUGCAAACAAAAAAUCCUACAGUUAAUGGAUAAAAUAUUGACAACGUACUUUAAUGAAUUCCCAUACUAUUAUCAUGUAUUCAAAAGAUUGUUCAAAUAUAAACUAACUUUAAAUUUGAUCAAUAGAGAGGAUUCAUUAGAUCAUAUGUUGACGAUUCUAAAACAUGAGAAUCAUCAAGUUCUAGAAAAAUUGGGUAUAACCAGUAAAGACGCAGAAAUGUCAGACGACGAUGUAAUAAAAGUCUGGAAUGCCAGAUUCAGUUUCACUGAAAAAGUAGUUAAUUUGAAAGUUGAAAUGAUGUGUAAAAACUACGAACCAAAUCUCUUCUCAUCAAGUUAUCAGCACGCUCUUGAAAAAUUAGAAGAGAGGCAUUCGGCCAAGGCAGAUGCAAUAGAUGUCACUCAAUUUUUGCAACAAGUCUUUGACUCAACAGAUUUUGACCUCUUUUAUGGGAUGGAUGUAGGUGAACUCCCCAAGAUGGACAGCAUUCUUCCAUAA